GGGACGGUCGUUCGAGGAAGGUGGUUUCAGAGGACCUCAUUUCGCUAUAUUGGGUAAUUUAUCGGAAAGGAGUUGAUUGCAGUUAUUUUCUCCGUUUCCCUAGAUGGAACUGGACAGCUGACGGGAGAAUCGCCAGAACCCCCCCCCCCCACCCCCAGCCUACUGCCAUUUCUCUUACGCUUACGUUUCCCUCGUCGGUGUCAACAUGGCGGCUCGCAAGAUGACCUGCGUCUUGGUCUUCGCCUUAUCGCUGUCAUCCGUAGCCCUCGGAGAAGAGACCGGUUGCCCAGUUCUCGAGAACACCCACGCCGUGACGGAAGUGCUCGGCGCCAUGAACAAGCUGCUCUCCAUUCUGGCCAAUGAGGUGCGAGAACUCAGAGCCGAAGUGGGAGAGACAUGCACGGCGAAGGAGAACGACACCCUGGCUUGUGCCGCGGCGGACGGAGGGGCGGGAGCAGCGGGGGUGGACGAAGGGGCGCCUCUUAGCUCGGGACACAGCCUACCUGACGGCGGGGACGGAGUGGCUGACGGCGAGAACGGGACAGCUGGAGGUGAAGCCACAGCUGACGGCGAGAACGGGACAGCUGGAGGUGAAGCCACGUCUGACGGCGAGAACGGGACAGCUAGAGGUGAAGCCACAGCUGACGGCGAGGGCGACGCAGAUGAGGGAGAAGCCAUGUCCGACGCUGACGAAGGAACAGCUGUGCCAAACGCUUCGUCUGAGGUGCCUCCUUCUCCGCUAGAAUCAGUGACUGUGGAGGCUACAACCAUUCCCACGACGACGACGACGACAGAGCCACUGCCACCUGUCCCCACCUCGUGCCCGCCCUCCUUCACCCUCGAGGCCGACGGCUGCUACAUCUUCAUCUAUGACGAAGGCAACUGGAGAACCUGGGGCGAAGCGCACGCCUUCUGCCAGACCUACGGCGGGGAGCUCGCGUCGCCCUACAGGCUGGCGCCGCUGCAGGAGUACCUCGACACUCAUUUUACUCAGACCUUCUGGGUAGGAGCUCGUCUGCGGGAUCGAAUGAAGUUCUUCUGGUUCAACAAGAAGAAAGUGGACAAGAAAACCUGGAAAGAGAACCACCCCUCGAGACAUCCCAACAAGAAGUGCGUCUACCUGGACAAGCGUUCGGGCUACAGGGCUACCAAUUUCUUCUGCGGGGAGAAGUAUGCCUUCGUCUGCGACUACAGAGAGGCUUAGGGAGGUGGCAGAGACGGAGAGGAUGGGGAUGUGAAGAAGGGAGGCGUUAGUUCUUUCGUAAGAGGUAGACUCGCUCGUCACUUGUUUGCUUAGUGUAUGUUUUUUUGUUUUUAUUUUGUUUUUAUUUCUCUUUGGUCUGUGAAAUCCAAAGUCGUGUAUGUCGAGUAUAUGAGAAUCUGAUAUGAUUAUAAUGCAACCGGAAUAUGAUUUUUUUUCUCAAAAAUUGUUUUUUACUUUCUGAAUAAAACGUUCGAGAAUGAACCGUCGUUUACAAAUAAAGACACAAAGCUUCAAA